GACUACCAGUAUUUUCCUCCUGCCGAUGAAGGGAAUGAUGACGAAAGCUGUGAUAGUACGUACACCGAGGGGUCUGAACUGACAGGAUGGGAACCUCGAGCUGCGAAACGACCACGGCUUUCUACCCCACGAAUGGACUCUUCGCGUCUUCUCCAAACGCUUACUCCGCCAACAUCACGUGCUGUGUCUGGUCGGCCGUAUCAGGUCGGAUACAUCCGUGGAGGUGGCAGAGGCGCUAUGCCUAGCGGGCCUUGCUUUGAAGAAAGCGUUGUACCACUCGGCGCUGAAGAAACGAUCGUCACUAGUGAUGUGAGCGGAGAAGAAUCGGCACCAACUCGGCAUCCAGUUUCAUCCAGGCAGAUGGCCGGCAAUGGAAUGUCCAAUGAUGGUCCUCCCGUUAUCCCUAGAUACGAUAAUAUUGGUGGUUCCUAUAGCGGACGCGUAGCCUCAGCUCGUGUAUUGUCACCUAUGACUACCGGUCACCCGGGUAGUUGGUUCCAACUGGCUGGAAACUGCUUGAUGGUUCGCCGUUCCGACGGCACAACUCAGUUCUACGAAGAUACUCUCAAACCUUCGGAUGAGCGCGUCUGCCAUGAUAUGUACAUUCCAGCG